AUGCUGUCGAAUAUCAUAUAUCAGUUCCAUACAUGGCUUCGGCCUACCAUCGUAGCCAUAUUCUAUCGUGACAUUCCCUGGAGCUUGCGAUGGAGGCUCUUGGCCUUUCAGCCGAUUGGAUUUCUUACGUACUCAAUUACAACGAUUCCUUGUCUUUUGUUUCGCUCUUACACUGUCGAAUAUCUUCCCAUCGCCCCUGACAGACGUGUCCGAGCCCUGGUUUUUAAGGCUGCUGGUGUUGGCAAAGGUCGAGCUCUAAGACCACUGCAUGUGAAUUUUCACGCCGGCGGGUUUAUGGGUGGUAUACCAGAAGGCCACGCUUAUUUCGACCAGCUGGUAGCUGAACAAACAGGUGCUGUAGUCCUGGACGUCGACUACAGAGUGGCUCCGGAACAUGUCUUUCCUGCGGCUGUAGACGAUGCUGAUGCAAUUAUCGAAUGGCUACAGGAGAAUUCUCAAGAGAAAUGGGGUGCAGAUCCGACUCUAAUGACUACAAGCGGUUUCUCUGCUGGGGGAAACUUGGCUUUCGCAGUCACUCAACAGAAAAGCUGUCAAGCCCCUUCUCCCACGUCCAUCAAGGCUAUCACGACUUUCUACGCAGCUAUUGAUCUGCGUCCAAGUCCUUGGGAGAAGCCUCACCCCGAGAACAUGCCCAAAAACGACCCGGCGAAGCCUUUCCUUCCUCUAUUUGACGCAUACGCAGCACCUGCUCGAACGAAACAUUGCGAUAAUCCGAGAUUAAGCCCUGUGCUGGCAAACUCAGAUACGCUGCCUGGUCGCAUUCUUCUUGUUGUCCCUGGCAUCGACAUUUUAGUUGCAGAGCAGACUGACUUUGCAAAGCGUAUCAACGAAGAAGAUUCGACGAAUGCAACUUCGAGGGUGGAAAUCAUGCUUGAGAAAGAGCUUUUCCAUGGGUAUCUAGAAGUUCCUGAUAUCAUAGUCAAGCGAGAAGUCAAACAUCGAGCUUAUGAUAAGGCUAUACAAAUCAUCUAUGAAUAUCUUCCUGUCGAAAGCCAGAUAUGUCUUCGACGGACAUGCUUGCCUAUGUACAAUUCACUGGAGAAAACACUGCAUCGACUUGAUUACCCAGGACUGCUAAGAUAUUAUCCCCUGAUUGCUCGAGACAAGCCUGACUACUGGUUAGCGGAUAGCAGUCCGUGGAUCAGGCUAGUACAAGCCUGUGAUCUGGAGGUGAUGCCAAAUGGUCCUCCAGUCUACGGAAGUCGAUUCUGGAAUACGGAUCUGAUACACAAUUUCGAGCGUGGUGCUUUAAUGGUCAAGCACAAACACAUCCAACUGAGCAUCAAGUACAGCCAGCUCGAGAAGAAGACCUGGGCGCAAAAGAAGUGCCUCAGUGCCCUCAUGAAACCAUACAAGACGCAGUUCGUACCAGGCUUCCUCAAGGACCCUCGACGGAUUUUUAAGCAGACGAAGAAGCCAGGCUGCUUCCAUUGGUAUCCUAAGGUUGUCGACGGCCGAUAUCUGACUCAUGAUCGACGAGUACUCGUCAUGGAGCGCUGGAUGCAACAAGAUCUGGUGUACCUUGGGUGCUUUGGACCAUGCUCUCACCAGUACGCGGAUUCAGCACGGUACAGAUCUUUCUUGAACCGAGAAAGAUAUGGGAAAUCGGCUCGUUCCCCUCUCAAAGGUCACAAUCUCAGCGAAGAUCAACCAGAAUGCAGCGGCAAGUUCUUUGCGUGUUUACGGGACGCUUUCAACAGCCCUGGAAUUAAAGUCGACGGGGCAUGCCAUUUAUAUCUUACCGAGUUUUUGAUACAUUUGACCUCAAAAAAGCUGGUGAUACGGACGUGGAGAGACUUGGGUGAUUUGUCUUCUGACAGGGUCUGGCUUGAGCAGACGGACGAAACUGAAGGCUGGUAUCCAGAUCGUAAUCCUCGGGAGAUCCGAAGUCGCUAUGAAACGGGCUGGCACUCAAAGAAAGUACUGCGGGCUUCAAAGUGA